AUGCUUACAGAGAAUCGUUUCACCGCCGCGGCCAACUUGGCAAGAAAACUGGAAGGUCCAGACGAAGCACUGGGGCAGUCACUGAAGAAGAUUCUGGAAUCGGACCGAGCACAGGGUACGAUCAUCGGCUACGGGCGCAUCUUGAAACUUUUUGACACUUUCUGCCAAUCCCGUAGAGACAAAAACUUAAGCCAAAACCAAUUAAGAACUCUUUUCCUCCUUAAAAAGUUCUCCGAAGGCCCUUCAUCUUCAGUGCAGACGGCUACGGCAGCCCUCAACUAUUUCCUUGGCGAGGUACAACCACAUGAAGCCUCUCUACAAAAAGCCAUUGCGUCGGCCGCAAGCAGGACAAAACCAACGGUACAAAAUCGGACGAAAUUGCCAUUGGAGCAUUACCGAAGGUUAGUAGAAACCGCGUCGAAGUACCCCGAGCUGGAUAGGGCAGGCACUUUGGCGAUUCUUCUAUUUAACGCAAUGCUCAGAAUAUCCGAGGCACUGGCUCUUCGUUGGGACGACGUUCAACUCGACAAACCCGACGGGGAAGGCAGUUUGCAAAUUAGACGAUCAAAGACAGACCAAGAAGGGAAAGGCGUGAAUCUUCCGAUCAAGCUGGAGAAGGAAGAGUUUCGGGUCGUCACCCGCUUCAAAUUGGUCAACGGCGCAGGUUUUAUCUUCUUAUCAGCCUCAACAAAAACGCCCAUCACCUACUCUACCGCAUGCAAAGAACUAAAACUUCUGCUUCAUAAGGCCGGACUCGAAAACUUCAACUACACUUCACAUGCCUUCAGGGGUGGUGCGGCGACAGCGGCCCUGGAAAGCGGAGUGGAUGGGACCGAAGUUAUGCGGGCGGGACGAUGGAAAUCGACUUCAGCGUUCGGAUGUUACAUCGCCAGAAAGCCAAUUAAGAAGUCAACAGAUGGAGAGCACGCCAACUUAGGAGAUGAAGACGGCCCGAGGAAGAACUAG